AUGGGUUUCGCGGCAGGAUCCAGCGCCAAGAUGGGAUUUUUCGGUGGCCUCGGCCUCUGGAUUUUGAUCUCUUGCCUGGCGAUACGUUCCGGCGACGGGUUCUACCUUCCCGGCAGCUACCCGCACCGGUACCCCGCCGGCGGCGCCAUCCCGGUCAAGGUAAACUCCCUCAUCUCCAUCGACACCGAGAUAUCCUUCAGCUACUACAGCCUCCCGUUCUGCCGCCCGGUGGAGGGGAUCAAAGACAGCGCCGAGAACCUCGGGGAGCUUCUCAUGGGCGGCCGCAUUGACAACUCCCUGUACCGCUUCAAGAUGGUCACGAACGAAUCCGAUGUCUUCCGCUGCCGGUCCGACCCGCUCUCCGCCCACGACUUGGGCCUCCUCAAGAAGAGGAUCGACGGUUAACCUGAUCCUCGAGAACCUCACCGCCAUCCGGUUCCGGUACACCAAGAAGGGCCAUCUCCACCACCUGUGGACAGGGUACCCGCUGGGGUUCUGGAUCGGCGACGCCUACUAGGUGUUCAACCACCUGAAGUUCACAGUUUUGGUGCACGAGUUCGAGGAUGCCCAUGUGGCGAAGGUGACGACCACGGGGGAUGCAUCUGAGGCGAUCCUGGAGAAGGCGGAAUCCGAGUUGCCCGGAUGGAUGGUGGUCGGCUUCGAGGUCGUCGUGCCUUGUAGCUUCAGCAGGCACGGUGCUGAGUCGGUCAAGAAUCUCAAGAUGUACGACAAGUACCCGGCGAAGAUCCAGUGCGAUCCCACGAAGGUGGCGAUGACGGCGGAGGAGAACCAGCCCAUCGUUUUCACCUAUGAGGUUGCAUUCGUGGAGAGCGACAUCGAGUGGCCCUCUCGCAGGGACGCCUACUUGAAGAUGGAGGGGGCCAAGGUUCACUCACUGGUUCUCGAUCCUCAAUUCGCUAAUGGUGAUCGCUUUUCCUUGCCGGUAUCGGUCUCGUGAUCCUGUUGAGGACCGUUCGAAGGGAUCUGACUCGGUAUGAGGAGCUCGACAAGGAGGCACAGGCUCAGAUGAACGAAGAGCUCUCGGGAUGGAAGUUUGUAGUCGGGGAUGUCUUCAGGGCACCGAGCCACCCAAUGCUUCUCUGUGUAAUGGCCGGUGAUGGAAGUUAGACUGUAACCAUCUUGUUUGCUGCACUUUGGGUUCAUGUCCCUUGCAUCUAGGGGAACUCUCAUCACCCAAAUCUGCAGCCACUCGCACUGCAGCUUGAUUGUUUAUAUGAAUCAGUGCGAGAGAAAACUGAGUCAGUUUAUAAGGUUAAA